AUGUUUGAAGAACCUAUGAUGGAAUCUAUGCUUGAUUAUAAUUAACCAUUAACUCUAGAUUAAAAGUUGUAAACCAUGAACUUACCCCUUAAAACACUUUCAGAAGUCAAAGAAAAAUAUAAAUACCAAAUUGAUUAUUCCACAUUACAAGAGAGAAAAUUUAAUCUUAGAAAAACUAGAUAGCCUCUUAUUAUUUUUUCAUCUGCUGAAAUUGAUAUACCUAUCCCAAGAACUGAAAUAAGGGUAAAAUCAGUGAUAUCUCCAGAAAUAAAUUAAAGUCUCUUAUAUGUUUCUGCUUAGCCCAACAAUUCGAAAAGUAGAAGUCUAGGUUUCAGAAAAAAGCGCUAAUGA